GUGCCGGGCAGCAGUGUGUGUGUGGUAACGAGCGGCGGAGGAAGCUGGGACGAGCUCGAGACCUGGACGACAUCUUCUCUCAGAAAGCGUCGAGGAAGACACCGGGAGGACCGAGGACACCGGAAGGACCGAGGACACCCGGAGGACCGAGGACACCGGAAGGACCAGGACACCCGGAGGACCGAGGACACCCGCUUUCUGACAACUUGUCCGCGGGGGGAACAGCUCGCUCUUCCUGCGACCGAGCGGCUCUUCCGUCCGAGGCUGUUCCGAGACGUCUCAGCCGGACGGAGCUUCCGAGGCUCUUCCCCGCUCGGCUCUUCCCCGCCGCGGGUCACCGACUCCCCGGAGGAGCAAGGAGCAGCAGGAGGAGGAAAAGGACCAGAAGAAGAAGAAGAAGAAAGAGACGCGGAGACGGACAUUUUUGUUUCUCCAGCUCCCUUUCUAGAGGAUAUUAAGUUUCGUGUCUGGAUUAUUUUUCGGUACCUGAGACAAAGGUCCGGAACCAGGUGAUCGCGAUCCAGAUCCAGGUCCUAGAGGAGAGGAGGGGGGGUGGCGCCGCCUCGAAGCCGAGAACAAGGCUUUGUCCGCCGCCGCCGCCAUCGUGCGUGUGCGGGGGAGGGGGAGGAGGAGGUGGUGGCGGUGAUUUUCCCGCACCUUCACUGGGAGAGAGAGAGAGAAACCACGCAGAUUAUAUCGUGUUAAGGAGCCGACAUGUAUCCACAAGGCCGGCAUCCGGCACCUCAUCAGCCGGGGCAGCCUGGCUUCAAGUUCACCGUGGCCGAGUCCUGCGACCGGAUCAAAGACGAGUUCCAGUUCCUGCAGGCCCAGUACCACAGCCUUAAAGUGGAGUACGACAAACUGGCCAAUGAGAAGACGGAGAUGCAGCGUCACUACGUCAUGUACUACGAGAUGUCCUAUGGGCUCAACAUUGAGAUGCACAAACAGACUGAGAUUGCCAAACGUCUCAAUGCAAUUCUGGCUCAGAUCAUGCCAUUCUUGUCACAAGAGCAUCAACAGCAGGUGGCUCAAGCUGUUGAACGGGCCAAGCAGGUGACAAUGACUGAGCUGAAUGCGAUCAUCGGGGUACGUGGACUUCCCAAUCUGCCUCUCACUCAGCAGCAGCCGCCGCCUCAUAGUGCCUAUCCAGCCUUCAUGCAGCAGCAGCUCCAGGCCCAGCACCUCUCUCACGCCGCCCACGGCCCCCCGAUCCAGCUGCCCCCUCACCCCUCAGGCCUGCAGCCGCCUGGCAUCCCCUCGGUGACAGGCGCUGGCUCCGGCCUGCUGGCUCUGGGAGCUCUUGGCAGUCAGGCCCACCUGCCUGUGAAGGAUGAGAAGAACCACCACGACCUGGAGCACCGAGAGCGCGAGUCGAGCACGAAUAACUCGGUGUCGCCGUCAGACAGCCUACGGGCCGCGAGCGAGAAGCACCGCAGCUCUUCAGAUUACGGCCUCGACUCCAAGAAACGCAAAGUGGACGACAAGGACAACAUGAGCAGAUACGACAGCGACGGAGACAAGAGUGACGACCUGGUGGUGGACGUGUCCAACGAGGACCCGGCCACCCCCCGAGCCAGCCCGGCCCACUCGCCUCCGGAGAACGGCCUCGAUAAAUCCCGGGGCCUGAAGAAGGACGCCGCCCCCAACAGCCCCGCCUCCGUCGCCUCUUCCGGCAGCACACCGUCCUCCAAAGCAAAGGACCACGCCCAUAACGACAAGUCGUCCACGCCGAGCCUGAAGUCCAACACGCCCACACCCAGGAACGAGGCGCCGACCCCAGGAACCAGCACCACUCCAGGACUCCGACCGCUAACGCUGGGCAAACCCCCCGGCAUGGAGGCACUAACUGCUCCCGCCCUGCGCACGCCGCUGUCCAUCGCAGGUUCCUACGCCACGCCGUUUGGAAUGAUGAGUCAUCACGAGAUGAACGGGUCCCUCACCAGCCCCAGCGUGUACCCGGGUCUCAUCUCGCCUCAGAUGAGCGCUGCAGCUGCUGCCGCCUACGGACGCUCACCAAUUCCGGGGUUUGACCCUCAUUCUCACAUGAGAGCUCCGGGCCUGCCAGCCAGCCUCACGUCUAUUUCUGGAGGAAAACCAGCUUAUUCUUUUCACGUGAGUGCAGAUGGCCAGAUGCAGCCCGUGCCCUUCCCUCCGGACGCCCUGGUGGGCCCGGGCAUCCCGCGCCACGCUCGCCAGAUCAACACGCUGAGCCACGGCGAGGUGGUGUGCGCUGUCACCAUCAGCAACCCCACGCGUCACGUCUACACCGGCGGCAAGGGCUGUGUCAAGAUCUGGGACAUCAGCCAACCGGGCAGCAAGAGCCCAGUGUCCCAGCUCGACUGCCUGAACAGAGACAAUUACAUCCGCUCGUGCAAGCUGCUGCCUGACGGCCGCACCCUGAUCGUGGGGGGGGAGGCCAGCACGCUGACCAUCUGGGACCUGGCCUCACAGACGCCACGCAUCAAGGCCGAGCUCACUUCCUCCGCUCCGGCCUGCUACGCCCUGGCCAUCAGCCCCGACGCCAAGGUCUGCUUCUCCUGCUGCUCCGAUGGGAACAUCGCGGUGUGGGACCUCCACAACCAGACCCUCGUCAGGCAGUUCCAGGGCCACACAGACGGAGCCAGCUGCAUCGACAUCUCCCACGACGGGACCAAGCUGUGGACCGGAGGCCUGGACAACACCGUGCGCUCCUGGGACCUGAGGGAGGGACGGCAGCUCCAACAACACGACUUUACCUCACAGAUCUUCUCUCUCGGCUACUGUCCCACCGGAGAGUGGCUGGCUGUCGGCAUGGAGAGCAGCAACGUGGAAGUGCUUCAUCACACCAAGCCCGACAAGUAUCAGCUGCACCUGCACGAGAGCUGCGUCCUCUCACUCAAGUUCGCCUACUGUGGUAAAUGGUUUGUGAGCACAGGGAAGGACAAUCUGCUGAAUGCAUGGAGGACUCCUUAUGGUGCCAGCAUAUUCCAGUCGAAGGAGUCGUCCUCCGUCCUGAGCUGUGACAUCUCAGCAGACGACAAAUACAUCGUGACCGGAUCCGGAGACAAGAAGGCCACGGUCUACGAGGUGAUCUACUGAAGAGAAGCAUCGGCUGCUCGGCUCCAGCACUUCUACUGAGAUGACUUUAGGUUUUUUCUCCAGGCCGAGACGAACUGAGGAUCUAAACCGGUGGAAAUCAAUGGAUCUGUCGACCUAAGGAUGUUUAUGCCGGAGAGAAGUGAACCUUUUUUGUGUCCUUUUGUUUUGGAGGGUUUCCUUUUUUUCCUCUGAGAAUAUUUGGGCGCGACCCCGUGAAGCAGCGCUUCAUCUGGAGAACCUUCCUCAGACAUCGUGUGAAAAGUGUAAAUAUCGGAUUAAAUAAAAGACAUUUUAUAUAUAUUAUAAGAAUAUAUAUUUUCAUGUCCUGGGUGUACUUGUGAUGAUUUUUUUGGCCCUCUCUCUCUCUCUCUGUGACGCCGGGGAGAGCAGAACCGACAGUAGACUAGAACUUUUUAAACAACGUUAACUCUUUUGAUUUUCUUAAAGCACAUUCUCUGGGCUGAACUUUUUCACAAAUCAAACAGAGGGGGCGUGAAACAUGAACCAGGACAUUUUGUGGAGAUUUUUUCAAAAUGGCCUUUCGUCACUCCAUAAUCUCUGACAUGGAGCCCCCCCCGACUCAGGCAGAGCCUCGGCUGGUUUGGACCACUGUGGGACAGAGUGGAAAAGAGAUGGAUGUAAAUUUAAUUCAUAUAUAUAAAGACCUUUUUAAAGUGUACUGCUCUGUCUGUGCUAUCUUUCUCUGUUUGUUUUACCUUGUUAGAUGAUGGGAGAUGGGGGACUAUCAUGUUUAGCCUAACCCUUGGACCUCAGUUGGCAGGAGAUUCACUGCUGCAGGCACAAACUGAAUGACAAUGUGCUUUUUGCUAACUUGACGUAAUACAGAUGUUGAAUUGCACCAUUGAUUUCUUGGCUACAGACUUAACUCAAACAGUCCAAUCUGCACUAUUGGAAUCCUUCUGCCCUUCGGUAUCUUAUCGUUAUUCCUGGAAUAUGUUUGGCUGGUCGUGAUGGGGAGGUCGUGACAUUUGUCCUGAUUACACGCAGAGAUCAGUCUGUCUUAAUAAAACUGUUCAGUGCCUGUAAAUGCUCUUGAGGACGGAGGGAGUGGCACUUCAUGUGAACUGGAGAAAAACACACCAUGAGUGAAAGUGUCCUCGGUGUUGACGUUUAACGACGACAGUGAAUAAUUCUGGUUUCUACACUGUGCUCCGGAUCAAGUCAGCAUCUCCAACAAGAUAACAAACAGGGCGAAAUGCGCUCUUCCCUCUGAGUCACACCAAAGUAUGUAGCAAAUGCUGUCAGCACUGAAAAAGAAAUGUACAGUUGUUGAUAAAUAAAUAAAACUGUUUUUGUAGAA